GCAGCCAGCCUCCCCGUCCCAAUUCCUUUGGACUGAGAAGCCAACCUGCAAGGCCCAGGACAUCUGCCACUUCUUGGCAGAGGGACGACACUGGUGUCAAAAGACUCUGAAUAGAAAAUUCCAUUGUGAAGGCUAAUCUCCGGCAAGUUCCCCUUUUUGGAUGGAAAUAAAAAGAAGAAUCAUUCAAGCUGCAUUCAGUCUAACAGAGGCCAAGAUGAAGAAGCUGGCUGUAGUCCUGGCAAUAUCCCUGAUUGUAACUGACCUCACUCCCCUGACUGGUCUACCUAUGGAAAGCCUUCUAACCAACCAGAGAUGCAGAUGCCGCAAGCAAACCUCAGAUGUCAUCAGUGCUUCGAAGAUUCGUUUUAUUGAGGUGAUUCCUCAGGGGAUUCAGUGUAGAAGGAAGGAGAUUAUACUUACUCUGAAGAAUACACAGAAAGUCUGCGUGUAUCCCAAUGCCCCGUGGAUCCAGCUAUUGCUCCGUAAGCUGACGCAGAGUAAUAGCAUCAGCGCAGUGCAAUUCUUUGACUGAUUUUUCCCAGCAAAGGAAACCGACCAGAUGCAGGCUUACUAAUGGACUGAAAUUCCUUUCCUGGAAAGCAACGAUUCACCGA